UGAUGAUUAUCUUCAGAUAAAGUAGGUUUGUUUUGUAGAUAGAAUUAUGUCACAUUGUUCACUAGACUAGAUUUUUAGGUUAGAUAAAAUGAUUAGAUGUGUCUGACUCUCAAAUAUCAACGGAAACAGGAAGAAAAGUAUGGAAAAUACUGAUCCGAAUUAGACAAAUGUCAAAAUCUGCUUGACCAAUAUAUUUUUAACUGAAAGCUUAUCUGUCUGUCGAUUUCAAAGGUAGUCCUCGCAGACUUUUGUUUCUUCUAAGCAGUUUGAAGAUAGAGGUCCAUUGUACGUAUGGACAUCACAAUGAAAGAGAAGACAUGCCAAGAAAACAUUAGAACAUGUGCGUACUGGAAAUCUACAAUGCCGGAUUGUCCAUUUAAUCCGAUCUAUCGCGAAGAGAACAAUAAAGAGGAAAUCAUCUUUAGAUUCCCUACGGUGAAAAUUUCACCCCCAGAGUGGACAACAGCGAGACGACCAUUAUUGAUUACAACGUAUUCAGGACGAACAAAACGCCCCGAACACCCGGAUGCAGAUAUUACCACAUCAUGGGAACAUGUUUCAAAAUCUAGAGUCAAUGUAGAAAACUCCAUGGAAAGCACCACUGCAGCAUACGUAACCACAUCAUCAGAACAAAUGUCAACACACAGAGUCAAUCGGAAGAAAUCCACGGACAUCAACACUGGAACUCAGCCAAAAACGGGGACGUCGACAUCGAAUCCAAUAACAUUAACUUCCACUGCAUUAACAGAAUAUGGAGUAACCCGGCAACUUGAUACUCACGACUCUACAGGAGAUACAGUUGUUCUAUCAUUUGCUGUGGGGUUAUUCAGUUUUCUGGUGGGGAUGUUGGUCAUGCUGUUACUAUAUAGAGGCAACAAGUCAAGGAUGAAGUUUGCAAGAAAGAGACAAGACAGAAGGAUAAGCGUUUUCCUAAUUAACAAUGCUAGACAAUAUACAUCCCGGGAGAAUUUGAAUGCAGAACUUCCCAUCAGAUACCAAUCUAUUCAAUCCCUGAAUACACCCAAUGCACAGAUACCUAACACAUACCAAAACUCAGAAGAGGCUGGAAUCCCUUACCUGAAUUCAGACCGCGAUGACAUACAAACAGUUUCUUCAAAUAUCUGUCGUCAGGAAAUAAGCAGUGUUUUCGGAACAACCCUAAACCAAGAAGAUUGCAAUAGCGGAGAAUACAUGGAACUGAACGAUAUAUAAUGGUUGAUCUGCAUGAGUAUUCUAAGUGACACUUUCUCUUAUUUAAAAUAGUAAACGCGGUUUCAUUCAUGUUGUAACAACUGGGAUUUUUUAUUUUUCAUCAAACAACACUUUGUUAUUCUUCAUCAAACUACACUCCACGAUAGAAUGGCUGAAACAUUGCCACAACGGCGUAAAACCAUAGUCAAUCAAUCAAACUACACAAAAGCUAAAGUGUACAGUAGAAAGCAUAUUUACUAUAAAGUUGUUUUUUUUAAUAUGGGUGUGCGAAGUUGAUGUUACAGACGUUUCAACAGUCUCAAAGCCAGCAUUUUGCAAGUUUAUAAUCAAAAACGUCCACAUUCAAGAAAUUACUUUGUUAAACACCACUUUGAUUCCCCGCACAAGUACUCUGAAGUUGAUAUUGAAAAUGCGCAGAAUUCCUCAUUGAGAAUAUCUUCACAGUUUUUAUGAUCAUUUUUCCAGCAGUCUAUUUGAAUUCCCAUGGGCACGAAUUAUGAUUUUAUUUUAUCAGCUGACCUAAUCUAAUAUUUUUGCUGGGAGAAACUUGCUCAAAAGCUUAUACAUGUGAAGAAACAUUUCUGACUGUGGCUUUCAACUCGACGUUUAAAAAUAUCAGCUACGUUUUAUCAAUGAUCUUUGUUCGUACGGAGCAAAUGUUGGGGCUUGGUAGAACAUUCGCUGGAUUCAGCAAGGUUUUUAUGUUUGUAAACGUUUUUGUUAAGUUUACGAAUCCAGUAUAGGUAUGAUAAUGUAUGACUAAUGCAAGGGAAAUUAAAAUUCGAUAUAAAAAUGAA